GCAGUGAUUUGGGAAAGGAUGAUGCCAUCGGAGGGAAUGUGAACAAACAUAUGGUGCUUCCAGCUGGAUACUGUGGACAGCCCAAGAAAGGACAUCUUAUCUUUGAUGCUUGCUUUGAAAGUGGUAACCUUGGACGGGUGGACCAGGUCUCUGAGUUUGAGUAUGAUUUGUUCAUUAGGCCCGAUACCUGUAAUCCACGCUUCCGAGUCUGGUUCAACUUUACUGUUGAAAACGUGAAAGAAUCACAGGUGAGGGAAAUAAUGGAUACCUUCAGUUUGGUUUUGAGAGUCAUUUUCAACAUUGUUAACUUCAGCAAAACCAAGAGUCUUUAUAGAGAUGGGAUGGCCCCGAUGGUGAAAUCUACUAGCAGAUCAAAAUGGCAAAGGCUGCCACCUAAAAACGUUUACUACUACCGCUGCCCGGACCAUAGGAAGAACUAUGUGAUGUCCUUUGCUUUUUGUUUUGACCGAGAAGAAGAUAUUUACCAAUUUGCUUACUGCUAUCCUUAUACAUACACCCGUUUUCAGCAUUACCUUGACAGCCUGCAGAAGAGAAACAUGGAUUAUUUCUUUCGGGAGCAGCUGGGUCAGAGCGUGCAACAGCGGCAGCUUGACCUCCUGACAAUAACCAGCCCCGACAAUCUUCGGGAAGGGGCAGAGAAGAAGGUGGUAUUCAUCACGGGACGAGUCCACCCAGGGGAAACACCCUCUUCAUUUGUGUGCCAAGGGAUCAUUGACUUCCUCAUAAGCCAGCACCCGAUUGCGCGUGUCCUGCGGGAACACUUGGUCUUCAAGAUCGCACCAAUGCUCAACCCUGACGGAGUCUACCUGGGCAACUACAGGUGCUCUCUGAUGGGGUUUGACCUGAACCGUCACUGGCUGGAUCCCUCUCCAUGGGCCCACCCUACCCUGUAUGGGGUCAAACAGCUCAUCGUCCAGAUGUACAACGACCCGAAAACGAGCGUGGAGUUCUAUAUCGACAUCCACGCCCACUCCACCAUGAUGAAUGGCUUCAUGUACGGCAACAUCUUUGAGGAUGAAGAGUGGUUCCAGAGGCAGGCCGUCUUUCCCAAGCUCCUCUGCCAGAACGCCGAGGACUUCUCCUACUCCAGCACGUCCUUCAACCGGGACGCGGUGAAGGCGGGCACCGGCCGCCGCUUCCUGGGCGGGCUCCUGGACCACACUUCCUAUUGCUACACCCUGGAGGUCUCCUUCUACAGCUACCUCGUCAGGGGCACCACGGAAGCUGUGCCCUACACUGAGGAAGCCUAUAUGAAGCUGGGGCGGAACGUGGCCAGGACGUUUCUGGACUACUACCGGCUGAACUCCCUGGUUGAGAAGGCGGCGACUCCCGUGCCGAGGCUGCGGAAAGAAAAGCCCCCUCCCUACAAGUACCCACGCCCGCGGGGCCCGGCCAGCAACUACCCCAAUGGCAAAGGGAACAAGAAGAACUCAGUGAACCGCAAAGACCCUUCCAACUCUGUUUAAGGACAUGGAGGCCAGGGAGGUCUUGUGGAGCAGGAGCAUGCAUUUUCUGCUGGGGCAGAAAUUAAUCACCCUCCUAGUUUCUGAGAUACGGGCUGUGGGAUAAAGAAUAAGCUAGUGAAAGGGAAGGGGGGGGGAAUGAGAAAUUUCACCAUCGAUUUUCCCUUUUACCAAUGGAAAAUCAAUUGUAAGGCUUCAGCUCAGAACUCAGGACCGAAAUAGAGAAGCAAACAGGGUGAGCACAGGUGCCCUUUCCACCACGCGGAGACCCUCGCAGGAGGAGGGAAACCUACACGCACAUCCUUUUGAGAGGCUGGACACAUCUCAGGUCAGGGCUUCCCAGCCCCUUCACCUGCUCAGGUUGUAUAGUUACUACAGACGGCCACCUUUUAGAAUAAGCUCUGUGUUAGAAAAGCCAUGUCCAUAUCUGCUGAU